AUGCCUCGCGAGUCUAUCAAGAAUGAAGUCAACGAAGCCUUCCUGCUACACCAAAUGCUUCGCAACACCCUCCUCCCACCCGACGAACUGAGUUUACCUGAGCUUAUUCUCAAACUCGAAAAUGAGAAGAUUCUCUUCGAGGCUAUCCAACGGACGAGAGUAUGGAACCCGCGUGUAUCCGAGCCUGUUCCGAAAGGAGGGACGAUCCAUCUGGCCUUCGAGUACGCCAAGAAUCCAGAAGAUUACUCGCGGUUUAUUCAAAUGCUUCGUAUAUCGCCCUAUGCUUUCUGGGUCUUGGUAGACUUGAUCAAAAAGAAUCCCGUCUUUCAUAAUGGCUCCAAUCAUCCUCAAGCUCCAGUCGAAUAUCAGCUCGCCGUCACACUUUUCCGACUGGGACGAUUCGGUAAUGGAGCCUCGUUAGACGACAUCGCACGAGAGGCGGGUGUUUGCACCGGCACGGUCCAUGCAUACACCGAGAGAUGUUUCAAGGCCAUUCUCUCGUUGCAUGACAUGUUUGUCCGCCCCCUAACAGAGGAGGAAAAGGAGAGGGAGAAGCGUUGGAUCGACGAACAGAUGGGGUUUAAGGGUGCCUGGAGAGAUGGAUGGGUUAUGUACGAUGGGACAAUUGUCGUGUUGUAUCAGCGACCUGGGUGGGAUGGUGAUGCGUACUACACCCGGAAAUGUAAUUCGGGUAUGAACCUGCAGGUCGGAAAUGUUGGGUCAAACCUUCGUAUUGUCGACUACUCGCACGGGCACACAGGAUCUGCACACGAUGCGUCUGCUUUCAAGGGUACCUGUGCUUAUCUUCAUCCUGACUGGUUCUUCAAGCAAAAUGAGUUCGCUUGGGUUGACAGCGCAUAUCCACUGUCAAGCCGGACCAUUCCUGUGCACAAGCAGCCAGCUGCUGACGAGCGACAGAACCGGAUUUUUGACCAGGCUGUGUCCCAUCUUCGUGUGCGGUCCGAGCAUUGUAUGGGCGCACUCAAGGGCCGCUUUCAGUGCUUACGUGGCUUACGGGCCAACAUUAACUCGCCACAGGACCAUAUCCAGGCUUGUCGCUGGAUGACGGUCUGUAUCAUCCUCCAUAACCUUAUCAUUGAUGUUGAUGGGGAUGUGGGUCAUGGAUUCGAUGGUGUACAUGGCCCGACCAAAGAACGGGAGGACUUUGAAGUGGGUGGCGGGCUGCAGCGUGAGCCUGAGGUCGAAGAGGAAUUUACUGACGAUGAGGAAGCUGGUGAGGCUAAGCGUAUCAAGCUGACUGCCGAGCUGCUUGAGUGGCGUAUCUUGUCGCGAGGCUUAAACAUAGAUUAA